AGGCAAGUUCGGCGAGAAACUCAACACACGAGUCAUAUCAUAUGCGAUCGUCAUCAUCUCCUUACUGGCGUCACUACUGCUAACUUAUUAAACCCUAGUCCACACACACACAUCCACCCAGCUUCUUGUUUUCAAUUCAAUGGCGGAUCCACAAAUUGUAGCAGGUAGACGACGACAUGUGUUCGACUCAUUCUACUCGAUCAUUACACUUGUAUUCAUUCUAAUCGCCUGUGUUGAGCUCUGCGAUGCAUCCACCGUCGUUGACGUUUACCGCCUCAUCCAAUACGAUAUCUCCGGUGCACCUUUUGGAUCUCGUGCUGCUUCGAUUAAUCAUCACGCCGGUUCUUCGUUCUCUCCUCCUGGUUCCGAUCUGUCUCGUACUGUUGCCGUACUUACUCUGCGUGAAUUGAAUGAAACUUUUGUUAGAGAAUAUAUUGAACAGGGAAAGCCUUUAGGGGGCUUACUACUUCUACUUCCUCAAGUUUUUCGUUCUGAUAACAGUCAAACUGUUAUUGAUGAUGGUGAUUACAAGGAUAUGAAAAAAAAGUUGGCGGAUUUAGAGCAAAAACUAAUACAUUCUACUAUUCAAUAUCCUGUCUAUUUUGCUUUUGAAGAUGAAGACUUAGCUAACGUGUUAGCCGAUAUCCAGAGAAACGAUGCGGCUGGCCAGCCUGCAACAGCAACUACUGGCGGAUACAAGCUUAUUGUUACGUCACCGGCUCCUAAGAAACUUGCAUCUCCCACAAUUACAAACAUUCAGGGAUGGUUGCCUGGAUUGAAAGCUGACGGGGAUUCAAACCAACUCCCAACUAUUGCCAUCGUGGCAUCAUAUGAUACGUUUGGUGCAGCUCCGGCAUUGUCAGUUGGAAGUGAUAGCAAUGGAAGCGGUGUAGUGGCACUUCUUGAAAUUGCUAGAUUAUUUUCUAUUUUAUAUUCCAACCCUAACACGAGAGGAAGGUAUAACAUACUCUUUGGGCUGACAUCUGGUGGGCCUUAUAACUACAAUGGAACUCAGAAGUGGCUUAAAAGUUUUGAUCAGCGUUUACGUGAAAGUAUCGAUUAUGCUAUCUGCCUGAAUAGUCUUAGCUCAGGGGAAAAUGGGUUAUGGCUUCAUGUUUCUAAACCUCCAGAGAAUGCUUAUGUAAAGCAAAUUUUUGAGGGUUUAUCCAACGUAGCUGAGGAAUUGGGCCUUAAAGUUGGCCUAAAGCACAAGAAAAUAAAUGUUUCCAAUUCCCGAGUGGCAUGGGAGCAUGAACAGUUUUCAAGGUUAAGAGUUACUGCAGCCACACUCUCUGGACUUUCUGUUGCACCAAAUUUACUAGAACAUACCGGAGGCAUUUCUGAUAAAAGGGAAUUUGUGAAUGAAGAUGCAGUUGUUCGGGGCGUAAAAUUGGUUGCCGAGAGUCUGGCUAGGCAUAUCUAUGGUCACGAGGGGAAGAACGUCAAUAUUUUUGCAGAUAACAGUAGUUUGGCGGUUAAUCCUUCUUACAUAGGAUCAUGGCUUGACCUUCUAUCAAAAACACCUCGUGUAGCACCUUUUCUCUCGAAGGACAGUGCAUUUAUAAUGGCAUUGAAAAAGGAAUUAGCAGAUCAUGUUGUAGAAGUGAAUUUGCAACAUGACGUGAUUGAUGGGAUGUUCACCUUUUAUGAUUCAACAGUUAACACACUGCAGAUUUAUCAGGUCGCCAGUGUAACAUUUGACUUGCUUUUGCUGCUUGUUCUCGGUUCAUACUUGAUUACCCUUUUCAGUAUCCUUGUGAUAACUACCAGGGGUUUGGAUGAUCUCAUCAGUCUUUUCCGUCGUCCUCCAUCUCGCAAGAUGAAAUCAACUUGAUGAAACGCGUGCCUGUUGUGGGACAAAACUUUACAGUUUCUGCAUAACUAGUUCAUUCUGACUGCAGAGAUUAGAUGUGCUCUUGAUGGUCUCUUGUAGCUUUACUUGUAGUUACCGAGGACUAUUUUUUGUUAUCAUCACAAACAUGCAGAAAUUUUUGGUUAUUCUUAGACGUGUAACCUCUGUAAUCUUUUACGGCAAUUUAUAGUAAAUUUGUUCUCGGUGAUGUCCGACUUUAAGGGAAAAA